ACGCGCACACAUGAGCUGAAACACACGCGCACAGCCUUCUUUCUCACUCUUUCUCUUGCCUUUGCCGCCGCCCUGCCUCCACCUUCCUCUCCUCUUAUCGGCCAAACGCCAUAAUAUACUUGGUCAUACAGCCGGCUGUCUCAGUCGCCGAUCAAUCAGGCUGAUUUGCUGUAUCUGCUGCUGCCCUUUAGUCAGCCGCCAGCCGCCCCGUCUCAUUCGCCACUCCACCCGAUCGCAUCCGAAACCAGCAGGUAGUGUAUAGAGGACACUCGGACUCAAAUGGGGAGGAGAAAUAGGGUUUGUGUGGUGGUGCUCGGUGACAUUGGUAGGAGCCCUCGGAUGCAAUACCAUGCCCUUUCCCUUGCUCGACAGGCUUUACUAGAUGUUGAUAUUGUCGCAUAUGGAGGUUCGGAACCCCACAUUUCGCUGCUAGAGCACCAAUCUAUCCACAUCCACAGAAUGCCACCAUGGCCAACAGUUCUUCAAAGGCUUCCAAGUAUUCUACGUCCUUUAUUUCUUAUUCUCAAGCCCAUAGUCCAGUUUCUUACGCUGCUUUGGUAUCUCUGUGUCAAGAUACCAGCUCCGGAUGCUUUCAUAGUGCAGAAUCCACCGUCAGUUCCUACUCUAGUGGUUGUGAAGUGGGCCAGCUGGUUGAGAAAAUCAGCAUUCAUUGUUGAUUGGCAUAAUUUUGGAUACACACUACUGGCUCUGUCACUUGGAAGGAGUAGUCUCUUUGUUACGAUAUAUCGUUGGAUUGAGAAACGUUAUGGCAUGAUGGCCCAUGGUUCCUUGUGUGUGACAAGGGCAAUGCAACAUGAGUUGCUUCUGAACUGGGGAAUUAAGGCCACUGUUUUGUAUGAUCAGCCUCCUGAAUUUUUCCAACCUGCAUCACUCGAGCAGAAGCAUGAUUUAUUUUGCAGGAUUAGCAAAAGUCUCCACAGGCCAUUUGGUCUUCAAGAUUGCAUAAGCAAUGGAUUGGCAGGGCCAGACAAUGAUCCUACUGCAACUCCAUUUACAACUCGUGCUGGUUCUGAUGUAUUCUUAAACCAAAACAGACCAGCACUGGUUGUCAGCAGUACAAGCUGGACUCCAGAUGAAGAUUUUGGUAUUUUACUGGAAGCAGCACUUAUGUAUGAUAGACGCGUUGCUGCUCUCUUAGGUGAGGAUGACUCUGUUGCAAAUGAAGUUGUCUGGGAUAGUAUUAAUGAAGGGAAACAAUUCUUGUAUCCAAGGUUGCUGUUUAUCAUUACUGGUAAAGGACCUGAGAAGGAAAAGUACGAGGAGAAGAUAAGAAAACUUAGCCUCAAACGUGUAGCAUUCCGUACAAUGUGGCUGUCAGCAGAGGAUUAUCCACUACUUCUUGGGUCAGCAGAUUUAGGUGUCUGUUUGCAUACGUCGUCAUCAGGUCUGGAUCUACCAAUGAAGGUUGUGGAUAUGUUCGGCUGUGGACUGCCCGUGUGUGCUGUUUCAUAUUCUUGCAUAAAGGAGCUGGUGGAUGUUAACAAGAAUGGCCUCCUUUUUUCGUCAUCUUCAGAACUGGCUGAUGAACUCAUGAUGCUGUUUGAGGGUUUUCCAGAGAGAUGUGAUGGUUUGAAGUCGAUGAGAUCAAGCUUGAUGGAAAGGGUAUCUUCCGUUAGGUGGGCAACGGAAUGGGAAGAGAAUGCUUUGCCCUUAAUAAACGAGGUUAUUUCCGAACGCCCUGGCUGAAAAGAAUCAAAGAACUAUGAAGUUUUCUUGUACACUCGAAAGCAGCAGAAAAGAGUUCCAUUUUUGUCGUCUUAAAGAAAAAGAAGAGGAAAAUUAAAAUCAUUUGUAGUGAAUCCACAUAUACAAAUAUGAGUAUCUUCUUGUAAACAAAAUUAAUAAUGAUUCUCCAUCUACUGUGUAAUUGGUGUGAAAGCUUACAAAACAAGUUUUAGAGUUUAGACUAAUAAGUUGUAGUAAUAAAUAAAUAUGUUAAGGAAAAUAUUAUUCAGAUUAAAAUUUGAAAGAAAGUAUUUUACCUUUCCUCCUUUUCUAA